AUGAAGCUGGAUAGCACACCAGGAGACAUGAGCGGGUGGAGGGAGAUGGACUUUGCCCUCAACUGCACCUACAUUGUGCCAGACCAGGUGUCGGACCCGAGCUUCAGCCUGCCCAAAGCCAUGACGUCCAUACCACGCAACCUCACCUUCGAAUACGGCCCAGACAAUGAGGUGACAGGCGUAUUCAGCAAAGAAUACAUUCCUCAGGGGACUCGCUUUGGCCCCCUGCAAGGAGACAUCUUCACCAAAGACAAUGUCCCCAAACAGGCCAACAGGAAAUACUUCUGGAGGAUUUACAGCGGUGGGCAGCUUCAAAACUUUAUUGAUGGCUAUGACGUCCACAGGAGCAACUGGAUGCGUUAUGUCAACCCAGCUCGCUCUCUGGCCGAACAGAACCUGGUGGCGUGCCAGAACAGCCGGGACAUCUACUUCUACACCAUCCGACCGGUGGAGCCCAAUCAGGAGCUGCUGGUGUGGUACAGCCAAGAGUUUGCCCAGAGGCUCUGCAGCCAGCAGGACGACAUCAAGCAGAAAUACACAAGUUCUGAUGAAGACCAUGAGCUGGAGUACACCAAACAGCACCUUUCUCAGCAGACAUGGCUUAAAGAGCGAACAAAGGAAGAGGUGAAAGAAGAGAGGGAUGAAGAUGGAGAUGAGAGGAUUGAUGUGGAGAUGUUGGAGAGGGAUACUCCGCCUGACACGCCUGACGACCAGAUCAUGGACUUCAGCAAAAAGGUCGAGAAAGAGGAGAAGAGUGACAGAGAUCCAGAAGGCCGGGGGAACAUUACUUCUCCUCAGCUUGAGCACAGAGAGCCCAGCCUGAACUUAAAUCACCCGUACUUACCAGAUCACCAUCCUGCGCUCCCAUCCCCACACCGAAAUCUCCCUCUUCAUCUCCAUGGCCUCUACGGCCACAGGGAGGGCCUUGUUUCAUCUUACCCUCUUUACCCCCAGUCCAGACCCCUCCAGCCCACUUACCAGCUCCUUCCUCCGUACAGUCCACACUAUACUCGCCUCCUCCUCCCCUCAUGCUCCCCUCCCUUUCCUGGGAUGCUACCCUCAAGAGGAUCCCUCCGAUACAGCAGCUAUAUGGGCACAGACGGACUCCCGUAUCCACCCAUCGGCCAGCCUAAUCUACUUCCAGUGUCCCUCCCCUACCCUCCACCUCCACAGGGUGGUCUGAAAGAACUAACACCAAAUGUGUCGCCACCACGAGGCGCCCCAGCCACCCCAGAGCUCUCCCCUCUACCCAAGCCCAACAGUCAGCAUCAGUCCCCUGAGCAGUCUCCCUCUGGUUGCGAUGAAGCCAUGAAUCUAAGCUUGACUAUGACCAAAAGCAACACAGCGCCACGCAACGGCCCUGGCCAUAAAUCCCUGCCCUACCCACUGAAGAAGCAGAAUGGAAAGAUAAAGUAUGAAUGUAAUAUCUGCUCGAAGACUUUUGGACAGCUGUCGAACCUUAAGGUCCAUCUCCGAGUGCACAGUGGUGAGAGACCGUUCCAGUGUAACCUAUGUAAAAAGAGCUUCACUCAGCUGGCCCACCUUCAGAAACAUCACCUGGUCCACACAGGGGAGAAGCCACAUGAAUGUCAGGUGUGUCAGAAACGUUUCAGUAGUACCAGCAACUUGAAAACACAUCUACGCCUCCACUCUGGGGAAAAACCUUACCAGUGCAAGCUGUGUAGCACCAAGUUCACCCAAUACAUCCACCUCAAACUGCAUCGUCGCCUCCACAGCAGCCGUGACCGCCCAUACCGCUGCCAGCUCUGUGCCCAGGCCUUCUUCCACCGCUUCUCCCUUCGCAUCCAUCAGUGCAGCUGCUGCCUGGUUAACUCCAAUGCUUCUGUCAAUGUACACAUGAAAGAGAUGGUGGAGCGGUUUGAUGCCAGCCAAGAGGCUGACAUGCUCACAGAGAUAGCAUCGGCGCCGCAGGUGGAGGAAGCUGUAGACCGCUGGUUGGCUCGUACUUUGGAAGGCGAGGGGAAGGAGGACCAGAGAGAGGCCACCAUACUGCUGAAAGCUCUGACAGCAGCUAUUAAUGCACCAGCAAUGCCCGUGGCCCAAUCAACUAUACCUACAUCACACCACAGCCCUUCACUGGCCUAUCAGGAGAGGGCCAGUGUUGUUCAUCUUCACAAACGGCCAACAGUGAAGACAGAAGGUCAGUGAAAAGGAACUGAAGGAGGGGAAAUAUAAAAAAAGACAUACAGCACAACAUCAACCAAGAAAACAGAUGUCGCCAAAUAAAACUCCCGAUAUUGUCCAUGAAGGGCAUAACAGGGAAUGUAAACUUUCAUAUUCCAAUGAGCGUAGCACCAAAAGAAGAGCAUUCCAAAGACUGGGAGAGGGUAUUCAGUGAUUGUACUUCCUCCCAAACGUCAGUUUCAAAAAUGAAAACAGGGAGGAUGUUGU